CCGAGGGGGGUGGUGGGUGGUGGUAUGUGGGCUUGCAAGCCGGGGCUGACUUGGCUGGCCGGCGCUCGGCUGACUGAGCCUCAGUGUUUGUCGAACGCCUCCCCCUUCGAGUCGGGGUCGAGCGAAACCCACGGGAAGGUGCGAGCGGUUUCCCUCCUCCCCCGCACCCCGCACAGAUUCGCGAAGACCCAGAGUCGUGCGGCUACGGGAGGCUUAGAAUGCGACUUCGUUGCAGGAGCAAGCGUCUUUGGGGAAACGUUGGAGAGUAACAAAGGAGAGGGAGAGAGGGAGAGAGGCAGCGUGUUGUCUCAGCAGGAGAGCAGCUGACGGAACAACUGGGCACAGAAAAUACUGCUUCCGAACACAGUGGCAUGUAAAAAAAGGAUUGUCUCGGCAACGGGCUCUUUCAUUCUGGUAACAAUUUUUUUUUUUAACCAUGACGACCUCGGCAAAUUUUUCAAACUGGGUGACCUUUGAUGAUGACCCCGGAUUUAAAGCUUGGGGCGAGGCCAACCCCGAUGGGCAUCCAUUCGCGGAGCAGAAGGGGAGCGGCGCCCUUGAUCUGCUCACGUUUGAGUCGCAGCAAAGCGCGUCCCUCCCCGCGCCGUCCACGAGCAAUGGGACGUUUCCAACUCCCGUGGCUCAGCAACCAUCGCCGCCGCACACUCCGCUCCACCCAUCGAAUCCAUUCCUCAUCAAUCUAUACGACGAUGUCCAGCCCUCCACCAUAAACCCUUUUCAGUCGUUCUUUGACAGUUUUGAGAACCCGGAGGAGAAGGGAACUGGGCAACAGCAGCAACAGCAGCAACAACAGCAGCAGCAGCAACAGCAGCAGCAGUCCGGUCAAGAGUCGCCGCAACUUCUGUUGAACGGAUCCUAUCACUCGGAAGACUUAAAUGCGUCAGUUGACUCAACAAAGCCUGACCCACACGCCGAGGUCAUUGACAAACUUAAACAAAUUCAGAUUGUGGACUCGUACGCACAGGAAGAUCCUUAUUUGUCCGACGAAUCUGUUGACACGCCGUAUGCUUACUGCCCAGACUUCCCCGAGGUCGAAUCAAAAGACGGCUGGCCACUGAUGAUGAGGAUUCCAGAGAAGAAAACGAAGAUGUCCUCCCGGCAGUGGGGGAAUAUCUACACCACCGUCUCUGACGGCCUCCUUAUGUUCUACUACGAGAAGGGCCUCGAGAAGCCCUUCAAGGAAUUCCAGCUGCAGCCCGACCACGAGCUCUCGGAACCCCGGCUGGAAAAUUUUAAUGAGCUCGGCAAAAUCCACACCAUCAGGAUUGAGUGUGUCUCCUUCAAGGAGAAGCGCAGGUACCCGACCAAAAUCUUGCAGGCCCAUGGCGAAACGAGGACAGAAUUGCUCAAGCUGGGCACCCCCGACUACAACGACUUCACCAGCUUCCUUCAGACGAUUCGCGAUCAGCUGAUGCACCUCACAGUGCCGCUGGACAGGUGCUCGGUGUACACGGAGGACACCAUGGAAAUCGAGGUUGCGGAUGAAUUUAGGGGCAUCUUAAGGAAAGACGACAGCAACUUGGUCAAGCAUUCCGUCACGACACACGUAUAUGCCAUGGCACUCGUCUCUGGGAAGCCUGAGUGCGUCAUCGGCCUCAACGACAUUGACGUCAGGGGCAAGGAGAGCGUCAACAGGCAGGACAUUAUUGCGUCUUCAUGCAACAAUUGGAUCAGAAUGUACGACUGUCAAUUUCACUCCUGCGUGGAUGCUGCUGCCUUUGCCGAGUCAAAAGCAAUAAAAUUCACACCUCCGGACGCCUGCAAGAUUGAAGUAAUGCGCUUCCGGACGGCGUACUGCGAGAAGGAGACUCCGUUUUCCCUGAAAACCGUGGCAACGGUCCGCGGGGCCUUCAUCGAGCUGCAGUCCUGGCUGUUGAUGUCGCCGGGCUUCUCGCCGAACAGGAACGUCCUGCGGCAGGUGCCCUGCGAGAACGUGAUGGUGCGUUACCCCGUUCCACCGGACUGGGUCAAGAUCUUCCGCACGGAAAACUUCAUCAAGCAGAAGUCGCUCCUGGCCAAGGUGAACAAGAGCGCCAAGUUCGGCACGACCAGCGUCUCCGGCUCGGAGCCCGUCAUGCGUGUGACGAUUGGCACGGCAAAGUACGAGCACGCGUACAACGCCAUUGUGUGGCGCAUCGACAGACUCCCCGACAAAAACGCUGCGGCCGACCACCCGCACUGCUUCUCGUGCCGCCUGGAGCUGGGCUCGGACCAGGAGGUGCCGAGAGGCUUCUUCCACUCGUUGGAGGCGGAGUUUGACAUGCAGACCACCACCGCCUCUGGGGCCAACAUCCGCUCCGUGAGCGUGGUGGGGAACGUCGACGCUAUCAAGAACAUCAGCUACCGAGGGCAUUAUCGGUACCAGGUGGAAAUGGAGAAGAGAUGGAUGAAGGUGGGGGAAGUGGACGAAGAUAAGCCAGGAGACCGCGUCGUUUAUAAAAAAAAGGGGGGCCCACAGGCGCGAGCCAUCAUGGCAUAUGGUAACCAAGUGCCCAAGCUCUACACAGCUGUGAUUGAGGAUGUUGUGCAAAAUCUAAAAGACAUCUUUCUAGACGAGGGAGUGGAUGAACAUGUUUUGCAAGAACUUAAGCAGCUCUGGGAAAGCAAGUUAAUGCAGUCAAAGGCUCUGGAGAGCCUGCAGCAGCAGGAGAACUUGAUGAUUGCUCGUGCACAGCAGCCACAUCCGCAGAACAAGAAACCCUCGCCUACAGUGGCUGUAGUUCGGCCACAAACAACUGCAGCUGGUGUGUUGCCAGAUCAGAGAAAUGUUCAAAUGACUACAACUACAGUGGCUACGCCUGUUGCGACAAUGACUCUACCGACUGGCGUGAUCUCGCCGUUUCAAGUCACUGCUCUUUCCCAAGGCAUGAUUGGUCGAAUGCCAGUGGUGGUGAGCCAGGGGGGGCAGCAGAUUGUUUCACCGCAGUUUCUGCAGCAUAUUCAACAGAUGCAGCAGUUCCAGCAGGUCCCGCAAAUGCAGCAGAUCCAGGUUCAGCACGUACCCACCAUACAGCAGGUGAGACAAGUUCCAACCAUCCAGCAGAUGCAGCAGGGACAGUCAGGACAGCCUGGCCAGCUACAGAUCCUGCAACAGCUGCCUCCGGUCUUGCAGCUGCAGCAGGUUUCUCAGGCUCAGACACAAGGUCAGACACCUGUCAUACAGCAGCAGUCUCAGCAGCAGCAUGCUCAACAACAACAGCAGCAGCAGCAGCAACAACAACAGCAGCAGCAGCAGCAAGCAGGGCUGACGCAGUUGCUGCAGCUACAACAUGUAAACCCCCACAUGCUGCCGGGGCAAAUGCAGAAUCCAACGUGCCACCCUGGAGUGAUCCAACAGCAGAUGCCUCAGCAAGUCAUUACCCAGCUGACCUCAACACAUCAGAACUUGCCACCCGGCUCUGUGUUGUUGCAGCAGCAGCCACCUGUGUCGCAGCAUCAGUCUGUCAUCACGGGGCGUGUUCAGCCUGCUCAGCAGGCAGGUGUUGCAAUUGGACCAGUGAGCAGUGCAUCUUCAAGUGCGCAGCCACCUGUAAUCAUUCAAGUUGAUGGUGCUGGAGAUACUUCAUCAGAGGAUGAUUAUGAUGAAGAAGAAGAAGAUAAAGACAAGGAUGAUGACUUGGGCGAGGAGGCGGAGCAUGUAGAGGAGGAACCUUUGAAUUCUGAGGAUGAUGUCAGUGAUGAGGAAGGCACGGAGCUUUUUGAAACUGACAAUGUGGUCGUGUGUCAGUAUGACAAAAUUCACCGGAGCAAAAACAAAUGGAAGUUCCACCUGAAAGAUGGCAUCAUGAACCUCAAUGGUAGGGAUUUUGUGUUUUCCAGAGCCACCGGUGAUGCUGAGUGGUAAUUGAAUUCAUACACGUAUUUGAUUCUCGCAAGGCUUAUAUAAAUUGCCUCAAUGCCAAUUCCAUGUUCGAUGAGCCAACUUGGUAGUCCAAUCCCAGGAUUCCAUUCAGCAUUACCUUGUUAAACUGCUUGAAACUGACUGCAUGUGCAGUUUUGCAGAGAAGAUGGUACCAUUUUAGUCAUGCAGCUGUGAAAUGAGCUUGGAUGUCUGUAGGAUUAACGGAAGAUGGAUACAUUAAUGUGGCACACUAAAUGAUUUUGUAAUAUCUUAAUUACCAAUGUAUACUAUAGGCUGUCGAGCAUUAGUUGUAAAAUUUGGUGUUUUUUCCCCGCAAACUGAAAAGGUUUUAUUUUUUUUCCUCCUGAAAUUGAUGGGAUUGUGGUCGUCAAUAGGUUUUUUUAAUUGUUAACUUUCUUGAAAGAGCAUAGUGAAAAUCAUUUAUAAAUAUAUUAGCUAUUUUAGCAUGUGCGUAAAAUUUUAAUCACAAAGAUAAGCACAGGCUUUAAUUCUGUAGUACUGUUAUCCAUAAAAUAUGUAACUAUAGCAAAUGAGUAAAUUGUAUGGUGAGGAUGCUAAUUUUGCUCAUCAAUGCACCCCUUUGGGAAGUUUUCAUUAAUCAUGUAAAUAGUAUAACUUGUUCAUUUAAGCUGUUAAAUGUUUUAUAUAAAUGAGAUAUUUUACGUAAUAGAAUAUCAUUAUUUGAAUGUUUAAUGUUGAAUUUAUAUAAGUUAAACUUUGUUUUAAAAACAGUUAAAAUACUGUUAGUAUUUUACUUGUGUGCAUGAAAGUAUUUUAAAAUCGAGUCAGAAAUCAUGUUAUGAUAUUGCCUUUUUUCUGUACCUACAAGUGCAAUUGUGCUGUUUAUAAGCAAUAUAUUCCCAAGUGCCUUAGCACUGCUUAAAUAAGCAGCCAGAUCUUACGUGGCACAUGUCAAAAAAAUAUAUUAACAGUUGCAGUUCACAUUUUACAGAUGGUGUUACAUUCGUCUGUUUGGUUGUAGUUCAGUAUUUGCAUUUUCAUUGCUUGCCUGCACUGUUGACCAAGACAGGGUUUGUGUACAGUAUAUCAUGACUCAUGGGUGUUGUGUGAAAAUCCUGAUUGACAUGGCAUCACAACUUCCACACACUUGAGAAUUUACUGUUUUAUGUGGUAUGUACUUGAUCAGAAACUUUGAGAUAUCCUGUCUUUUUUUACAACGGCAAUAAAUCAAGCAGGCGUCAUGAAAAUGUUGUGCUUAUUUAACCUAUUGUGUUAAAGACGAACUCUUUCAAAACUCUCACUUUGUAGUGAAGAAAUAAGUUGACAUCUGGUUCCAAAAGCAUUGUAGAUAAUGGUUAAUUAAAUGAUGUACUUUUUCAUUGACUGUUGUUUUAUUAGUUGUUACAGGUAUACGCUGUAAUGAUCUAACAUAAAUAUGCAGAUGAACUCCUUAUUACAGUACAAGUUUGCAUGUUUUGGUGUUUCCUAGUGUGAUAAUUUAAUGUUGGAUUGUUAAUUGUGGCAUUUGCAAUGCGCUGUUUUAAUGUUGAAAUGCAAUAUGUGCACUGCAGCUUUAUGUACCUUCAUUUUAUGUUGCAUUUUGUUGGGUGAAGUGUGAAACGUGAAAGCUGUAUGUGGUUUAUAUAAAGUUUGCAUUGAUGGACAAGGGUUGGCAGGCUAAAUUUCUUUACAAUUUAUGAAAUUCUUUAUGAAUAAACAUUUACAAUUAUUCCUAUA